AUGGACGCAAUGAUCACGGCCCCGGCUCCUGAGCCUGAAAGGCUCACCGAAGAUCUCGACAACCUGAGUCUGUCGCCAUUCGGUGUUGCCAGGUCCUCUGUCAACGAGACACCGCUCAGCGACGAUGAAGUGCGCCUUAUGACCGACUACUUCCACGCUUCUCUCUACAUGUGCUUGGGCAUGAUUUACCUGCGAAGGAACCCUCUACUGCGCGAUCCAUUGACAUUGGAUCAUCUCAAGCGACGUCUCUUGGGUCACUGGGGAUCCGACGCCGGCCAAUCGUUCACCUACAUUCACAUGAACCGUCUGAUCAAGAAGUACGACUUGGAUGCUCUCUUCAUUUCCGGGCCCGGCCAUGGUGCGCCUGCCGUCCUUUCCAACUCCUACCUUGAAGGUGUCUACUCUGAGGUCUACCCCGACAAGAAGGAGGACGAGGAAGGUCUGAGGAGAUUCUUCAAGUACUUUUCGUUCCCUGGCGGUAUUGGUUCUCACGCUACGCCCGAGACACCAGGUAGUCUGCAUGAGGGAGGAGAGCUGGGUUACUCCAUCUCCCAUGCUUUCGGCGCAGUCUUCGAUCACCCAGAUCUGAUUGCUCUGACAAUGGUCGGUGACGGUGAAUCUGAGACCGGUCCCCUGGCUACAAGCUGGCACUCCACCAAGUUCCUGAACCCCAUCACUGACGGAGCCGUGUUGCCCGUCCUGCACUUGAACGGUUACAAGAUCAACAACCCUACAAUCCUCUCUCGCGUAAGCCACAAGGAGCUCGAAGCUCUCUUCGUCGGCUACGGAUGGACACCCUACUUUGUGGAGGGUAGCGACAUACCAUCGAUGCAUCAGGCCAUGGCCUCCACAAUGGAGCGCUGUAUCACCAAGAUCAGAGAAUACCAGAAGCAGGCUCGCGAUUCUGGCAAGGCUUUCAGGCCUCGCUGGCCCAUGAUCGUCCUUCGCACACCCAAGGGCUGGACCGGUCCUCGCAAGAUCGGCGAGCAUUACUCUGAGGGCUUCUGGCGUGCUCAUCAGGUUCCAAUCACCGAUGUUCUGACCAACAACGAGAGCCUCAAGAAGCUUGAGGAAUGGAUGCGUAGUUACGAGCCCGAGAAGCACUUCGACAAGGAUGGUAAGCUUAUUCCCGAGCUGAGGGAGCUGGCUCCCAAGGGCAAUAGGCGAAUGAGUGCCAACCCGGUCGCGAAUGGUGGCUUGAUCAGGAAGAAGCUGCAUGUUCCUGACUUCCGCGACUACAGCAUAGAAGUAAAGAAAGGCGGUGUGUCCAAGAUGGGCAGCAUGGCGAACUUCGCAGGCUUCCUUCGCGACGUUGUCGCACAGAACCCCAAAGACUUCCGUGUCUUCGGUCCCGAUGAGACACAGUCCAACAAGCUUGACAAAAUCUACGAGGCUGGCAAGAAGGUCUGGAUGGCUGACUACUUUGAGGAGGACGAAGAUGGUGGCAACCUUGCCUUCGAAGGACGUGUUAUGGAAAUGCUUUCUGAGCACACAGUCGAGGGCUGGCUUGAAGGAUACAUUCUUUCAGGACGACACGGCCUGCUCAACAGCUACGAGCCUUUCAUCCACAUCAUCGACAGCAUGGUGAACCAGCACUGCAAGUGGAUUGAGAAGUGUCUCGAAGUUGAGUGGAGACAAAAGGUCGCAUCGCUCAACAUCCUUCUCACAGCAACCGUUUGGCGACAGGAUCACAAUGGCUUCACGCACCAGGAUCCAGGUUUCCUCGAUGUUGUCGCUAACAAGAGCCCCGACGUCGUGCGCAUCUACUUGCCUCCUGAUGCAAACUGUCUUCUCUCUACCAUGGAUCACUGCCUGCGCAGUGAGAACUACGUCAAUGUUAUUGUUGCUGACAAACAAGAACAUCUGCAAUUCCUCACCAUGGACCAAGCGAUUGCGCACUGCUCGAAGGGUGUUGGCAUUUGGCAAUGGGCAUCGAACGACAAAGGCGAAGAGCCUGACCUUGUCAUGGCAUCUUGUGGUGAUGUCUCAACUCACGAGGCUCUUGCAGCAACUGGUCUUCUGCGCACGCAUCUACCACAACUGAAGAUUCGUUUCGUCAACGUCGUCGACCUCUUCAAACUGAUUGACUCAAGCGAGCACCCUCACGGUCUGAAGGCGCACGAGUGGCGAGCAAUCUUCACAGACAACGUCCCCUGCGUCUUCAACUUCCACUCGUACCCCUGGUUGAUCCACCGGCUGACCUACGGACGCAAGGGUCAACAGAACCUCCACGUUUGUGGAUACAGGGAGAAGGGCAACAUCGACACACCACUUGAGCUGGCCAUCCGCAACGGUACCGAUCGCUACAGCUUGGCGAUUGAUGCCAUUGACCGCAUUCCUGGCCUGGGCAACAAGGGUGCAUCGGCACGCGAGACACUGCUCAACGAGCAGAUCCGCGCGAAGAACUACUCUUACCACGAGGGACUGGAUCCCAAGGAGAUUGGUGACUGGGUGUGGCCUUUCUAG